AUCAAUAUUUGAAUUUGGUUUUGAUAAUCAUCUAAAGUAAAAAUAACAAUUUGUGUUACUUUUUCUCGGUUAUCUUCGUUCUCGCCCGCUGCCUGUGAACUAAAAUAAAAUGCGUCGCGCAGACGCUCUCAGUGUCUUCAUUUGUGGCACGUUGGCCCUUCUCCAGGUGAUGAUGGAACCGGUAAAAGCCGAGCAAGAGGGACAAUAUACAAUUGUGGGCCCCGGAACAAUUCACUCGCAUCGCGAUUAUAAUGUGGCUGUUGCUGUGCAUCACACCAAAAAUCCAGUGACCCUGAAGAUCGGGAUCACGGGUCCCUCUGUUAAUCAAAGUCAAACGGUGGAGCUAGCCAAAGCGGAUGAAUUCAAGCAAUUGAGUUUUCAGCUGCCUCCCCUGGAGUCGGGAGAUUACAAUCUGACCGCGGAAGGAGUAUCUGGAUUGGAGUUUAAGAACACCACCAAACUGAACUGGGAAGAGUUCAAGCCUUACAUCAAAAUACAGACCGAUAAGGGUAAAUACAAGCCCGGAGAUACUAUCAAUUAUCGUGUGCUAUUCUUGGAUGAGAAUCUGCGACCGGAUGCGGCCGGUGAUAACGUGGUCGUUUGGUUUGAGGACUCCAAACGCAAUCGCAUCAAGGAGGAGAAGCACUUCAAAACCAGGUCUGGCGUAUACACAGGUAAAUUCCAACUAUCGGAAUUCGCCACCUUGGGCGCUUGGUCUCUGCUGGUCGCAAAUAGUGAUGAUGAAAAAAUUAGCGAGUCUCGAGUUUCAAGACAUAAAAUCCAUUUCGCUAGAUCUUCUGCCGAAGAGCGUGUUUACUUUGAAGUAGAGAAAUAUGUUUUGCCCAAGUAUUCGGUUAAGAUGGAGAAUACUCAACAAGUUUCGGUCAAGGAUGGCGAUCUGAAUAUUGUGCUGAAGGCCAACUACACCUAUGGCAAACCCGUCAAUGGAAAAGUGUUGGUCAACAUUCACUUGGAAGAAUCAAGUAUUUGGUCUAAUGUCGAUGGCGAAACCGUGCGUACCGAUCAUCCGGGUCAUGCAAUGAUAGCCACUGCUGAUAUGGUGAAUGGCAAAGCCAAGUUGGAUUUGAAUCUUAAGGAAUUUGCCAGCUAUUUGCCAUCCAAAUCGUCCUCAUCGUAUGUCCAGAUCACGGCAACCGUUGAAGAAGACUUCACGGGUGUGAAACUCAAUGAAACUGGCGGUUUCUCGUUAUACCCCUACCGCUAUGAGAUGUCUUGUCAGGAUUAUUCCAAAUGUUUCUCAUUUGUAGCCGAUAAGGAAGAUGACAUCGUCUUUAAAAUCACUCUGGUCGAUGGCACUCUACUAACAGAUACCAAGUCGGUGGUAAAAGCCACUUUCACCGAGGGUAUACGUCACACCUAUGGCUUCUAUGGCUAUGGAAACGAGGAAAAGAAGCCAGAUUUGCCAGAGAUUGAAAAGAAAACCUUUACUUUUGAGACCCAUUUGAAUGAAUCGAGUUUUGCCGUUUUCAAGGUGACAUUACCAGAUCUUCCAGACAUCGAGAACUUUACACGAUAUUACAACAUUGAACUGGAGUUUGAUGGUGAGCAGCGAGAGCUUUAUACCACUUACCCCUACAGGGAGCCCAAGAAAAUCGAGAAUCCCGAAAAUGAGGAUGAGAAGGAAAAGGAAUGGUUCAAGGUCGAUGUGGAGAGGCCCAAAGAUGUUUGGUCCUUAAAAUCAGGCCAGGAAUACAAGGUAACCCUAAACUCCAGUCGUCCUUUCACUUAUUUCGUCUACAACAUUAUUGGACGUGGCAACAUUUUGCUUACCGAACGAGUGGAGCUCUCGGAACCUCAGAAGAUCCAUAAUAUCGUGCUCAAGCCCGAUUUCCUGACCUCACCCUAUGGCCGGAUUUACGUCUAUUAUGUCGAUGACACCGGAGAAUUGCGGUAUGCCGAGACCACAUUCCAUGUGGACGUUGAGUUGCAGAACAAGUUAGAGAUUACGGCACCCGAAGAGGUCAAGCCUGGCGCCGAUGUCGAGCUGGAGAUCAAAACGGAACCCAAAUCAUUUGUUGCUCUCAUGGCCGUCGAUCAGAGUGUCCUGUUGCUGGGCAGCAACAACGAUAUCACCAAGGAUGCGUUCAACUGGCGCUUGAGUAGAUAUGAUACCUCAACACCCUGGCAGGGUGGAUAUUCCUAUUACCCCGGCGAACGAAGUGGUGUAGUGACCAUGACCAAUGCAAACUUUUUCUACAAUCGCACUGCACCGGUUAGCUAUCCACAAGCCGUUGCAGGGUUUGGUGGAACGUUCGCCAUGCGCAAAACUGCUGUGGCACAUGACUCGGUGGCCCAGCCCUUGGGUGCUCCACAAAUGGAAGGUGUGUACAGCACUCAGUCAGCACUAGGCUUCGCUGGUGGGGCGGGAAAUGGUGCUCCAGCUGUUCGUAAGAACUUUGCCGAAACCUGGAUAUUCGCCGAUAUUGAGGAAACCCAAACGGAGAUAUUCAAAUGGAUCAAGACUAUUCCCGAUACCAUAACCAACUGGGUGCUCACUGGAUUCGCGUUGCAUCCUCAGAAGGGUUUGGCUGUGACCGACGACAAAGUGAAUAUAAAGACAUUCCAGCCGUUCUUCGUCUCGGUCCGUUUGCCAUAUUCGGUGAAACGCGGCGAGGUUAUCAGUGUGCCUGCCCUGGUCUUCAACUAUUUGCCGAAACAACUGGAUGUGGAGGUCACUCUUGACAAUGAGGAUGGUGAAUACGACUUCGUUGAUGCUUCGAACGAGGUGAUCGGCGAACACAAACGCUCAAAGACGGUUCGUGUGGGCGCCAAUGAGGCAGGCGGUGUCAACUUCCUUAUUCGUCCGAAGGUCCUCGGAAGUAUUUUGUUGAAAUUCACGGCCAUUUCACCUUUGGCUGGUGAUGCUGUCCACAAAUCAUUGAAGGUUGUUCCCGAGGGUGUUACCCAAUAUCAGAAUCGUGCCUUCUUUGUCAAUCUGAAAAAGGAUGUGACUGAAUAUAAGCAAAACUUUGAGCUGGAAUUGCCCGAUGACAUUGUGCCCGACUCCCAACACGUUGAAUUCGGCGUUGUGGGAGAUCUGCUGGGUCCCGUGAUUAAGAACCUGGAACAUCUGUUGCGUUUGCCCAGCGGCUGUGGUGAACAGACGAUGUCCAAGCUAGUGCCCAAUUAUUUGGUUCGCGACUACCUGAAAAGCAUCAAUAAAUUGACUCCCGGCGUGGAGAACAGAAUUAAACGGAAUCUCGAGGAAGGCUAUCAGCAUAUGAUCCAUUAUCGCCACGACGAUGGCAGCUACAGCAGCUUUGGGCCAGGCAAAUGGCGGGAGGAGGACCCGGAACGCAAUGGCUCCACCUGGCUCACUGCAUAUGUUCUGCGCUCCUUUAGCCAGAUCAAGGAGAUCAUCAAAUUAGAUGAAAAGAUGCUGGAAAGUGGAUAUCAAUUUCUUCUUGGACGCCAGGCCGAGAAUGGUAGCUUCACCGAGACUGGUGAAUACUUUUAUGACUCUCAGCGUUCCGGUCUGACCCUUACAGCGAAUGCCUUGCUGGCUCUCCUUGAGCAGGAGAAACUCAACCAAACGGCCAUUGACAAAGCAGUCGAAUACUUGAAUUCCCAAUUGGACAAGUCCGACGAGUUGCUGCCUAAAUCCGUGGCUAUUUAUGCACUGCAGAAGGCCAAGUCCCCAGAAGCGUCCAAGCACGUUGCCUAUCUAAAGUCCAUAGCCAAACAGGAGGAUGAUCGCACUUGGUGGACCGAAGAUGAGGAGAAGUUGAGGGCCUCUUCAGGAUAUUGCCGACGUUGGUGGUGCUGGAUCUGGAGCCAUGAUGUGGAGAUCACUUCCUAUGCUCUGCUCUCACUUCUGGAAAGCAACCAAGAGACUCCCGAUGCAGUACUUAAUACCAUUCGCUGGCUCGUAGCUCAACGUAAUAGCUAUGGCGGUUUCGCCUCCACACAGGACACCGUGGUGGGCCUUCAGGCUCUUAUUCAAUUCGCCAAAAAGACAGGCUAUGAGGCCGCCAAGUGGCAAGUGAAUGUCUCCAAUAAGGGAUUGCGUGAGAAAUCCGAGAAACUAUCCAUAUCGGACGAGAAUGACUUACUUCUGCAAACUAUCGAGUUUCCCCAAGGCACCAAAUCCCUUGAAUUCCAAGCGAAAGGCACUGGAGCUGCCCUCGUCCAGAUAAGCUAUCAAUAUAAUAUUGUAGAAAAGGAACCAAAGCCUAGCUUUAAGAUAGAGACCAUCAUCAAACCACAAUCUUCACCAGCUAAAUUGGAGUUGAGCGUGUGCGUCGAGUAUGUUGAAGAUGGCAAAGCAAAGGCCUCAAACAUGGCCAUCCUAGAGGUAUCCUUACCAUCUGGCUAUACGGCCGACGAGGAGACCUUCAAGGACAUACAGAAUAUUGAACGUGUCAGGCUGGUGGAAACCAAAAAUGAUGAUUCCGUAGUCGUCAUCUACUUCGAGAGCCUGCCCAAGGGUGAGCUCAAAUGCCUCCCAAUCGACGCCUAUCGCACCCAUUCGGUGGCCAAUCAGAAACCCGCCCCUGUCGUCCUCUACGACUACUACGACACGAACAAGAAGGCCACUGACUACUAUCAAAUUAAUUCAAAACUUUGCGAUAUCUGCGAGGGGUCAGAGUGCAAGAAAAAUUGCUAAGCCCCCCAACGAAAUGUGAAAAAUGCCAUCUUAAAUACGAUUUGUAAAUUGUAAAAAAAAUUAAAGCUUGUGAUUAUAAUGUAAA